AUGGUGUUGCUCCUCGGAACUGUCCUCGCCGUGCUGCUGGGGAGCUCCCCCGUCACCGCGGGCUCCCUGCGCGAUAUCGAGCAUGUCGUCAUUUUCAUGCAGGAGAAUCGCGCGUGGGAUACCUACUUUGGUACCAUGGCCGGUGUCCGUGGCUUCAAUGACCCCAAUGUCCAGGUCAACUCCGAUGGCCAGUCGGUUUGGAACCAGGUCGUUGACUCAAGCAUGUCUACCGCUACCAACACCCUUCUGCCCUGGUACCUGGGCUACCGGGGAGGUGACUCGAACGAGGCUAUCCAGUGCAUGGCUGCCGGUGAUAACGGCUACCAUGAUAACCAGGCCGCCCUCAAUCAUGGUCUGAACAACCACUGGGCCCGUAACAACACUCCCUGGAGCUGGGGUUAUUACAAGCGCCAGGAUAUUCCCGUUCAGUUUGCCAUUGCCGAGGGAUGGACCUCCGGUGACAUGUACCAGGAAUCUCAAAUCACUGCCACCAACCCUAACCGUGUCACUCUGGUCAGUGGUUCUGUCAAUGUGCCUGGUAGCCCGCAAAACUCCUCUGAGGGGGGUGUGUACAUUGAUAACAACGAGACGCCCGGCUGUGAUAGCCUCGGUAUCAACUGCUACCCUCUGAAGUGGAAGACCGUUUACGAGUUCUACGAGGAGGCCGGUGUCUCGUGGCAGUUAUACCAAGACACUAACAACUUCGAUGAUAACCCGUUGGCCUGGUUCCAGCAGUACCAGAAGGCCAGCAAGAACUCUCCCCUUGCUCAGAAGGGCAUGUCCUACGUAGGUCUCGAUGCCUUCUACGCCGCUGCUGCCAAUGGCACCCUCCCCGAAGUUAGCUUCAUUGUUGGACCGACCGAGCUGUCUGAGCACCCGCCCUACCAACCCAAGGACGGCGGUUGGCUGCAGAAGCAGGUCGUUGAUGCUGUCAUCAACAGCCCCAAGUACUCGUCUACUCUGCUGAUGAUCAGCUUCGAUGAGACCGGUGGUUUCGGUGAUCACGUCACUCCUUUCCACUCGCCCCAGGGUACCCCCGGAGAAUGGAUGAAGGAUCCAUACGGCGUGUUCGGUGACGUCUUUGUGGGACCUGGUUUCCGGGUUCCUUUCUACAUGAUCUCUCCCUGGACUCGGGGCAACCGCGUCUUUACUGAGCGGGCCGAUCACAACUCGCAGAUCCUCUUCGUUGAGCAGUGGCUUACAGCUCGUGGGUACAAGGGCAUCCAGACUGACCAGAUGGUUCCGUGGCGACGUGCCCACAUGUCCAACCUGGUCAAUGCCCUGGAUCUGGACAACCCCGACUUGUCUCUUCCCUACAUCCCCGAGGCCGAGACCCCCAUCACCAACAGCAACGGCGACUACGUUGGCUCAUCCCAGUGCCAGUCCAAGUUCAGUAACCCUCGUCCCCCAGUCCCCUACGGCCAGCAGGUGGCAAACUCCACCAAUGCCCUUUGGUUCGAGGACGGUUACAAGGAGGUCGUCGGCUAUCUGACGGAGGGCCGCUAUCUUGUCGCCGAGAAGGGUGGCUCCGCGCUGACCAACUCUGGCAAGCGCAACUACGUGACUGUGACCCCAGCGACCGAGAACCACGAGUCCAAGCACCAGCGCUGGGUCAUCCACUACACUUCGGAUCCCGAGAGUGAGAUCUUCACCAUCUCCAGUGCCCUCGACGGCCGCUGGCUGGGUGCUCGCGGUGUCCUGCUGGACAGCGACCAGGCCUCGGACGCCGCGCCCGUGCGCAUCACCUUCUUGGGUAACGGUCUGGGAUAUGCCGUGCAGUACGUCAAUGGCAACCAGUACAUUGACGUGGACCAAGUCGGCCAUCUCAAGAUCGCGACCCAGCACCACGUGCCGGACUGGGGCUUCAAGCUUUGGAGCGUGACCUAUCACGAUUAA